CUGGUGUGUGUGUAACAACGUGGGUCCGCCGAUGUGCAGUACUAGUGUGAUGUGUGGGCAAAGCUUUCGGUCUGAAAAUGCAGAUAUCAAGUGUGAAUGAUGUGAAGAUUUAUAAUUUAAGUUAUGGGAAGUCUCUGCCGGAGUGGUUGUCAGACCGCAAGAAGAGACAGCUACAAAAGAAAGAUGUCGACAUCCAACGUAGGAUCGAGCUCAUCCAGGACUUUGAGAUGCCCACAGUGUGCACCUCCAUUAAAGUAUCCAGGGAUGGACAAUACGUCCUUGCUGCAGGAACAUAUAAACCCAGAAUCCGCUGCUUUGACACGUACCAGUUGUCCCAGAAGUUUGAGCGCUGCCUGGAUUCGGAGGGUAACGCAUCAUAACUUCCUAAAUAUAAAACAAUCGCUAAGUUGUUUAUCUUCACUGAUACUGAAACAAUUCCGUCUCUUCAAAGUUGUGGCCUUCGACAUUCUUUCUGAUGACUACUCCAAGCUCGUGUUUCUGCUGGGCGACCGCUACAUUGAGUUCCAUUCCCAGCACGGUUACUACUACCGAACUCGGAUCCCAAAGUUCGGACGGGACUUCUCUUACCACUAUCCAUCCUGCGACUUGUUUUUUGUAGGUGCAAGCUCGGAGGUCUUCAGGUUGAAUUUGGAACAAGGUCGCUUCCUCAGUUCUCUACAAACAGAUGCUGUGGAAAUUAAUGUUUGUGACAUCAAUCCAGUCCAUCACCUUCUAGCCACAGGAACCUCAGAGGGGAAGGUGGAGUGCUGGGACCCUCGGGUCAGAACCCGGGUCGGCAUGUUGGAUUGCGCGCUGAGCAGCCUCACAGAAGGAUCAGAAGUUCACCAGUUGCCUGCGAUCAGCUCUCUGAAGUUUAACGGCUCACUGUCCCUGGCAGUGGGUACCAGCACAGGGCAGGUUCUCCUCUACGACCUGCGCUCCGGUCAGCCUCUGAUAGUCAAGGACCACUUCUACAACCUGCCAAUCAAGUCUUUGAACUUUCAUGAUCCGAUGGAUCUGGUCGUGUCUGCCGACUCCAAGAUUAUCAAAAUGUGGAACAAAGAUAGUGCUAAAAUCUUCUCAACCAUAGAACCUAAGUGUAACAUCAACGACGUUUGUAUUUAUCCUCAGUCAGGAAUGCUCUUCACUGCCAAUGAAGAUCCCAAGAUGAACACCUUCUACAUUCCGGCGCUGGGCCCGGCUCCAAAGUGGUGCUCCUUCCUCGACAACCUGACGGAGGAGCUGGAGGAGAGUCCCGAGUGCACCGUGUAUGAUGACUACAAAUUUGUCACGCGCAAGGAUCUGGACAAUCUGGGUUUGUCUCACCUGGUGGGCUCAUCGCUGCUCAGGGCGUACAUGCACGGAUACUUCAUGGACAUCCGGCUCUAUCAUAAGGUGAAGCAGAUGGCGAAUCCAUUCGCGUAUGAAGAAUAUCGUAAAGACAAGAUUCGGCAGAAGAUCGAGGAGUCCCGCACUCAUAGAGUGCAGCUGAAGAAGCUGCCGGCAGUGAACAAGGAGCUGGCGCUCAAGCUGAUGCAGGAGGGUGACGAGGAGGACCAGCUGUCCAGCAGGAAGAAGAAGGGCAAGGCCGCGCCCACCAUCCUGGGCGACGACCGCUUCAAGGUGAUGUUCGAGAACCCCGACUACCAGGUGGACGAGCAGAGCGAGGAGUUCCGGCUGCUCAACCCCAUCGUGUCCAAGGUCGGCCAGAAGAGGAAGAAGAAGCUGCGGCUGCUGGCCAAGCAGAUGGAGGCUUCACAGAAGGAGGCCGGGGACGAUGAAGAUGAGGAGGAAGAGGGCCGCGCCAGCUCGGACGAGGAGAGCUCGGACGACGAUAAGAGCUGGGUGGAGGAGGUGCGGGAGCAGCGGCGACUUCUCCACCAGGAGCACCGCCAGCGCCGCUGGCAACAGAGGAAGGAGGAAGACCGCAACACCAUCCUGCUGGAGAACCAGCAGAACGGGGAGGAAACCUCAAGCACGGCCCGCGGCGGGAACACUCGCGGCCCGCAGUUUUAUCAGCUGAAAUCCGGAGAGGAGUUCCGCAGCUUCAACGAUUUGGCACGCAAGCAGAAACUGCAGAAAGCAUCGCUGGGUGAGCGGCUGAAGCUGGAGGAGCACAGCGGGGCCAGCAACACGGUGGACACGGCGGUGGGCAGCAAGCAGCUCACCUUCACGCUCAAGAAGUCGGAGCAGCAGAGGAAGCAGCAGCAGGCGGAGCGGGAUCACCACGAGGAGAGGCGGAAGCUGCGGCGCUCAGCUGGACAUUUGAGUAGUGCACGAGGGAGAGGACGAGGAAGGGGACGGGGGCGCUACUGAGGCAGCUCGCCGACACAGCUGCACCACCACUCGUCCCCGGUGGUCAAGUCUGCGCACGGUGCUCUGAAAGUGAAGCACAGAUGGUGUGGCUGCCUGUGGGAGGACUGAGAGCUUUUAUUAAUGUUUUAUCAUGAGCUGAUAACAAUACAAGAGUUUUCUUUUACUCCUUUUCUUCCUCUUGUUUUUAAUGCGGGUGACUAGAACAUACAAACUUAUCAGUCCAGACAGUCUGUGCAAACUGGACCAGAGCGCUUCGACUCCACCGACUUGCGUCAGCAGCGAGGAGGGGAGAUUUAGGAAUGUUUCUUUUUUUUUUUUUUUUUAUCUCCCCCUUCAACAACUGCAGUUCUUGGAAACGCCCGGGUCUUUCUCCCCUCCCCCCUGUGUGAACCCCUCUUUCCCUAGUUCUGCAUUGUUCUGUUUGAAGAUGUAAGAGGAGGGGAGUUUCAACAUGGAGGAGCAGACUCCCAAGUAGUUUCCGAGUUCAGGUCCGUCACGCUCCAGGGAGCGAAGGAACUUGUCUUCUAAGAACCCACCAAGUUUGUUGCUGGUCCACUGAGUCACAGGUUCAAGUCUAGGUUGAAAAUAAACCUGGUCCCUUUUGAGUCUUCAGAUUCCUGGACACUUCGGUUACCUCCCAAAAAAGUCACCUUGAUAGGGUCAUUUUCUCCAAAAUUAAUAGAAGAACUAACAUCAAAAUUGUCUGAAAUUUUACAAGGAAGGAUGAGUAAAGGUAGCAUUACUUCUCAACAGUCUUACUCAAAACAUCUCGGAUUAUGAUCCAAAUGAAUUCCACUCUCUAGUUAGCAAUGUUACCAACAUUUGUUUUGUGGCCCGAAGGAGCCGAACAGUCAAGUUUGUUGAUAAACGCUUCAGUUGUCAACAAAGGGAAGGGAAG